CAAAAGUGCACUUCGCUGAUAUACCAACGCUUAGUCAAUAAAAAUGAACACAGCAGAUCGGUUCUAGCUUCAACAAAUAUUUAACGAGUUAUUUGACGCUUACCACUUAAUCGUUCUCAUAUCGUAAGGGCGGGCAAAACGUCGCUCAAAGUACAUAUGUACAUACCUACACAUUCGUAACUUUAGUGCGCUGAUAGUGGCGCGUUACUGCCAACUGCUAAAGCCGUCCGUUGACCUUCGUAAUUUGCAAUUGUAAAACUUAUAGUAUGCAAUUUAUAUUAUUUUUGUUGUAAAUAAUAAAGAAGCCAUAUUUUAUAAAACGUCUUUGGCCUUUGGGUUUAGAUUUGUAAAUUUCUUGUUAUCAUCUAAAUACAUAUAUAACAGCAUAAAUUGAUAUUGUUUAUUGAUUGCAAGUCUGUGUGUGUGUGUGUCUAAAGACUGUUGGUAAAAGUGAAGAAUAAAGUUGGUCGCCAUGGCAGAGUGUGAUAUGGAAAAUACUAGUAAACAGGAAGACUGGAUGGCAUCGGGUAUUUUAAGAAAAUAUCCCAUUUAUCGAGACACGCUAAUCAAGACAUGCGAGGGCUGGAUAGCUGCUAAACGAAAGGACGAUGAAGCGGAAGGCCUAUGGCGUAUAAAAGACAAACUUUACGAUCUUACGGAAUUCAUACCGCAUCAUCCCGGCGGCGCAUUUUGGUUAAAAUGGACCAAAGGCACUGAUAUAACAGAAGCAUUUGAAUCGCAUUACAUUUCAAAGAAGCCAGAAUAUAUGUUAACCAAAUUUUAUGUGCGCGAUGCGGAGAAGCCACGAAAUUACAAAUUAACUCUACAUGAUAACGGUUUCUAUAGGGUGCUCAAGACACGUGUUCGUGAUAAGCUGAAAAGUGUAGACUACUCACCAGCGAAACGUACAGAUUUUAUACACCUUGGACUCUUGUUGUCAACAUUCAUUCUGGCUUUUGCUUGUUCUUACACUGGCUACAUUAUAUUUGAAUUAUUCGCCGGUUUGUCACUCUGUUGGCUCACCAUUGCCACACACAACUACAUGCAUCGCAAGGAUAAUUGGCAAAUGUACACUUUCAAUUUGUCACUUAUGAAUUUUUGUAAUUGGCGCGUUUUGCACGCCAUGUCUCAUCACGUCUACCCGAACUCUUUAACUGACCUUGAGAUGUCGCUGUUCGAGCCAUAUCUUUGCUGGUGGCCAAAUUCCCGCCUACACACGAAGUGGCAUCGUAUGUUUGGCGUCGCAAUACAACCAAUCGUUUACACGUUUAUCUUUCCUUAUCAGAUUUUAAUGAGAAUUACUGUCUCACUUUUGCGCAAAAAUAUAUUAUUUUGGCACGAUAUCAUCGGCCUAACGCUUCCCCUCUUCAUGCUGCUCGUAGGCCAAGUAUCCACCUUAACUGUGAUUAGGCAAUGGGUAGUUAUCGUGGGUCUAGCCAGUUUCAUUUUUGGCGUAAUUGGCUUGAAUGCUGGUCAUCAUGAUCCCAAGAUUUUUCACGAUGGUGAUGCACACCGUGAGGAUCGCGAUUGGGGCCUCUAUCAGUUGGACACAAUAAUUGAUCGUAGUGAUAUUAAAGGUUCACAAUUUUUGGUAUUAACGCAUUUCGGCGAUCAUUUUCUACAUCACCUCUUCCCCACAUUGGAUCAUGGCAUAUUACCACAACUUUAUCCAGUACUUUAUGAAACAUUAGAAGAAUUCCAGGCCCAAUUGCGCGGUUGUAAUCAUUUGCAGCAUAUUAUUGGCCAGAAUAAGCAAUUACUGCGCACCGAAUCGAAUCCAGUACCUCCGGGUGGUGUACAUAAAAACAAACGUGGUUAGAAUUUCGAAUAUAUUUUACAUACGUGCGUAUGUGUGUAUGUAAUA